AUGUCAGGUCUCGACGUUGAAGCUCUACUCGAGUCCACAGCCGCUCCUGCAACCCAGGACCGCGACGACCGCUCCUCAUCCAAGGCCGAAAAUGGCGAUCGACGCGAUGACCGUGAUCGCUCGCGCGACAGAGACCGCAAGCGCCGCGAUCAUAGCCGCGACAGACGACGCUCAAAAGAUGCCGACGGAGAUGAUACCAUGAAAAGCCCGAGAAGCGAACAUGGCAGUGCUAACGGAAGCCAUAGAAGUAGUAGGAAGAGGAGCAGGAGCCGUGAUAGCGACCGUCGCCGGGCUCGCCGUGACCGUCACGGUGAUGAUCACCGCUCGAAUGGCGACUUCUACCGCGGCGGUGGACGUACACGCACCCGAUCUCGAUCCCCUUUUGAUGACAGAUAUUACCGCCCCUCGGGCCGUUCUCGCCGAGAUGAGCGUGAUGAGGAAAGGCGUCCUCGCCGUGAACGCGAUACCCGCAAGAAAAGUCGCUCGCGAAGCCGUGACAAGAGCCCGGAACUUAACGAAGACGAGCGUGAUAGGCGUACCAUUUUUGUGCAGCAACUCGCGGCCAGGUUGAGAACAAAAGAGCUCAUUGCCUUUUUCGAAAAGGUCGGACCGGUCAAAGAAGCACAAAUUGUUAAGGAUCGCGUUAGUGGAAGGUCCAAAGGUGUCGGUUAUGUCGAAUUCAAAGACGAGAGUUCCGUUGCUCCCGCUAUCCAGCUUACAGGACAGAAACUUUUAGGAAUCCCAAUCAUUGCACAGUUGACCGAAGCGGAAAAGAACCGCCAAGCCCGCAACACUGAGGCCAGCAGUAGCAACAAACACUCCGCUCCCUUUCACAGGCUAUAUGUGGGUAAUAUCCAUUUCAGUAUCGAUGAGAGUGACCUUCAGAGCGUCUUUGAGCCGUUUGGCGAGCUUGAAUUUGUUCAGCUACAGAAGGACGAAACCGGAAGAAGCAGAGGUUAUGGUUUUGUGCAAUUCCGUGAUCCUAACCAGGCUCGGGAAGCCUUAGAAAAGAUGAAUGGUUAUGACCUUGGUGGUCGAGCCAUCCGCGUUGGCCUUGGCAACGAUAAGUUCACCCCUGAGAACACCCAACGUGUCCAGAGCCAAGGUGCAAGCCAAAGUAAUUUCCAGGGCUCUAUGUUCUCAGGCUCCGGCGGACGUGGUGUUCAGGCCGGUGGCACAAAUAACUUCGAUCGUGCAGGAGGCCGCGAGUCUGAAAAGGGAACCGGUGCGAGUGCUUUGGAUGACACGGACGUUGCCGGUGUGAACUUCAACAACUUCAGUAGAGACGCAUUGAUGAGGAAGCUUGCAAGAACAGAUGAACCUGCUGAGCCUUCUGCAGACGACAAGCCGCAGAAGAUUCUCCUACCGAAAACUGAAUCGAAGCCGUUGCCCGUAAAUGUCAACAUGGCAAGCCGGUGUGUUAUGCUUCGCAACAUGUUCGACCCAACUGAGGAAGAGGGCGAAGCCUGGAUCAAGGAGUUGGAGGAUGACGUCCGCGCUGAGUGCGAAGAAAAAUAUGGCCAUGUUGUUCACAUUGCACUAGAUCCCAAUUCCCAGGGCGACAUAUACCUGAAGUUUGACCGCGUCCAGGGCGGAGAAAACGCCAUCAAAGGUCUCAACGGACGAUUCUUCGGUGGUAAACAGAUUACUGCGCAACCCGUUGUCGACGCUGUUUACAGCAGCCUGUUCUCCCGAACAAAGGCCAUCUAA